AUGUUAUGUAUUCAUAAUUUCAUACCCAAAGCCGCAGUCGAAAGGAGAUUCUCCGACUUCAAAAGAUGUGCAGACGAAGAAUGCAGUAGUAAGUACUUGGCGCUAAACUCACGCGAACUUUCAGGAUGCUUCCAUCGUUCAAUUCACUAUCCCCCACCUCAUCCCUAGCUAGUUUGACAGGCGUUAUCAUUGACCGGUUGCCAUUUCAAAGGGAUGAACUCGGCUAACCUAACUGUCGUUAGUAGUAAAUACCAAUAAAUAAUAACCUAAGCUUGCUUGGUUGUAGCCGAAGCGAAGCCUCUGCCUGGAAGUAGAGCAACGUACGCUAACGUUAGCUCAACUAUGUGUUUCUGUACUAACCAAAGCCACACAAGGGCUCAUAGUCAAUGUUCACAAGUUUGGAGUAGCUAACUAGCUACAUAACAUAACUUGCCAGUUGAUCUGGCAGUCUUCUUAGUUAGCUAGCUAGCUACAUUAGCCUACCAUACACACAAUAGAGAUGUGUUAGCUUGAUUGUAAUAAACUAGCUAACUUACUUACUAAACGGACCAUAAAGAUAUCAUACUUCUGUGUUGGCUUAGGAAGCAAAUUGCAAGAUGGUGUAUAGGCAUGGUUAGCUAUAUAGCUAGCUAUUGUUGACAUAAAAGACUGUCAUGUCAUUAACCCCUCUGCUUGCAAGUUAUUUUCUUUUUGCAUCUACCUUAUCAAGUUAAAAACAAUAUUCUAUUUACCCUUGAUGCUUUCCUUUUUGUUACUCUGGCUCUGUAAAAAGAGAAGUAGAUAACUUUAGAGAUGUCUAUUCUAUUCACGCCCUGAUUGUGCAUGGGGCACAUAGCGUGGACGCCCAGGUCAGUGGCUGGGUCAUGGGCCGGAAUCUUUGGUAGGGGUUACAUCUCCACAACAACUGAUCUUUGAAACAUUUCUCUCCACAGUGCUCCUGUGCAGGGGGAAAGCUUUCAGCGAUUUCACCGGACCAGACUGUCGGUUUCUGUCAUUUAAAAAAGGAGAGACUAUAUAUGUCUACUAUAAACUCUCAGGCAGACAGACAGAUAUAUGGGCAGGGAGUGUAAGUAUUAGUUAAUAUUUAAUUAUGUGAUAACAUUGCAGUCUAGAUGGAAUGUUGAAGCAUUUUCUGUUUUGUUAACAUCAUGUUUCGUUCUCUGUUUUUGUUGCAAUUUCGUACAAUAGGUUGGUAACCGCUUUGGUUAUUUCAAUAAGGACCAACUUGUAAUCAAUCACAUAUACACUGAAAAAGAAUUGGAGGUUCCUUCUGAGGUAAAUUGAUUUAGGCCUAUUUCACUACUGCCAAUGCAUCAUCACUUAAAAAAAGUAUCUGGAAUGACUGAACUUCUUUCUGAAAUGGGUAGUAUGACUCAAACAAUGUCUUCUUUUUCUUUUCAGGAAACCGACUUUGUUUGCUUUGACACUGGACACGAUAAGUUUGACAGUUAUGACAUUGAUUCACUGUUAGGCUCCUCUUUAUUGUUAACAGACAAGGAGGAAUCUGUGCAAGUAACCACAGAUACUUUUGACCUAACCAAAAGUGCUGAGAGCACCACAGUUGAAGUGGAUAAGCCUCCACCUGAAGUGACACUGUCAGAAAAUUAUGAGAUUGAUAGGGAUGUUCCUGAGGACAUUGAUAAGGUUGUAGAGGAGGUUCCAGAUGAGGUUGUAGAGGAGGUUUCAGAUUAUGAAGAUCUGAGACAUUUUGAGCCUUUAGAGUCCUCUCUGCCUCAGCCUGAAACUAUUGACACAAAGGGAGUGGAAUCUGACACUGUACUUGAGACCACAGCUGAGAGGAUCAAAGAUUACCUUCAGAAAGAUCAGCAGAGGACAGAGGACUCUGUGCCGGACAGUGUUGUUGAACCAGAGGAAGGUGAGACCAAAGAAACCCCCUCAGAACCUCUAUCCAAAGAUGAUCCUGAGUUAAAGAAUGCACCUGGUGGUUUUUCAGAAGGCAGACCUAUCCCUGAGUUAAAAACUUUUGAUGCUGUCACCUCUGAUGAUGAGGACACUUGGAAGGUGACUCCAUAUGACGAGGAGGACGAGGAAAGUGACAAGUUUGAAUAUCAGCAGGAUGAGGAAAGUGAUUAUCAUCUCAGGGAAACUCCAUUGCUGGCUUUUUCUGAAGAACCUUCUAAUUUGGAACACAAGAACAUUCCGGAAUCUGAUCAGACAGAUGAGGAAGACAGUCUAUCAGAGGUACCUCAUACACAGAAACAGGACUCCAAGGACAAUAACCUGUGGUCUUCAUUUGGUGAUACAGUUUUUAACAUUGUCAGUGGUGGGGAAAGAAUAGCUCAUGUUGCCGGUUCAGAGGAAGAUGACGAGGAUGAUGACGAAGGUGAAAUGACACCAGAGGAGUCUCCCAAAAUUGAAGAACCCAAGGAGUCAGAGGAAGCAGAACAGCCACAUGAGCUAAUCUUUGAAGAACCUGCAGACUCUAAUUACAGUGAGGAUGCUGUCAAAGUACCUGAUGAGGAUUCCCAGACAUUGCAGUUUGAGGAUGAAUCUGAAGAAGGUGACAUUGAACAUUCAACACCUCCUGCUGAUGAGGCAAGUCCCUUUGAACACACUGAGGAGGCUUUAGCAGAGAACCUUACAGUAGAUGACAGCCCAGUCCCUAAACAGCUCUCAAAGACAGACAUGCUCUCAGACUUUGAUAGUAAAAUUAACGAAUCAGAGCAGAAACAAGCUGUCGAAGAGUCACAAGUAGAUAAUACAUUGAAACAGGGUGGUACAGAGCUUUUCAGACGAUUUCGAGAACCAUGCCAGAAGGUCCCAGAUCUAAGUAAAAAAACUAUGGUGAAAGAGAGCCAUCAAGAACUCCUCAUAGAGGAGGAGGAUUCAAUACACCUAGAGGGGGAAGAGAUUGAGGAAGAGUUGCUGGAGGAUGAAAAUGCAUCAUUGUGUUCAUCCAAAACUGAGCACAGUGAUGAAAAGGACAAAGACAGUCUAUCUGAAUUUGGGUCAGAGCAACCCAAUAAUGAUACACAAACCGAUGUUGUAUCCAGUGAUGUGUUGGAUGUGGUCCAACACGACGAGGCAAUUGACAUAGAACCUAAGGUGCAUGAGACUGAGAAGGAUGCUGAAAGCCACACACCCUCACUUGAAGAGAAGGUUCCGGAUCCCUUCCCAAGCAAAGAGCCGAAAUACAGUGACGAUGUGUUGAGGCUGACACUAUUGCGAAACCACUUUAAGGAGGAGGAUAUGGAGCGCUUCCAAAAGAUUCUGGGUCUUCAGAACCUCUUUAGGGUGGAGUUCCUGUUCUCUGACCUGCAGCAGGAGGCUGGUGAGUUUAUUGAGGAAGCUGCCAUCUUGGACGACUUCCAGGAGUUGGUGUUCACCCUGCGUCAGAAGUACUCAAACGCCAGAAACAAUGCUCCCUUGGCAGUUGGCAGUCAACUACACCCGGACACAGGUAAUAUUGCUUUUUUUUAA